CCCGCAGCCGCGCCGGGCGCGGGGCAUGGCCAGACUCACCGAGGGCGAGGCGAGAAGACAGCCGCCGCCGCUUCCGCCAGCGCCGCAGCCGCCGCGCCGAGCUUCCCCCAUGAACAGCAGCGGCGGCGCGGAGCCCCCCGCGCAGCCCGACAGCAUGAAAGACCUGGAUGCCAUCAAGCUCUUCGUGGGGCAGAUCCCGCGCAACCUGGAGGAGAAGGACCUCAAGCCGCUCUUCGAGCAGUUCGGCAAGAUCUACGAGCUCACCGUGCUCAAAGACCGCUACACCGGCAUGCACAAGGGUUGUGCAUUCCUCACAUACUGUGCCAGAGACUCUGCCAUCAAAGCCCAGACAGCACUGCAUGAACAGAAGACUUUGCCAGGGAUGGCGCGCCCAAUUCAAGUGAAACCUGCAGACAGCGAGAGCCGUGGAGGUAGGGACAGGAAGCUCUUUGUGGGCAUGUUAAAUAAGCGGCAGUCUGAGGAUGACGUGCUCCGGCUCUUUGAACCAUUUGGGGUCAUUGAUGAAUGUACGGUGCUCCGUGGACCUGAUGGUAACAGCAAAGGCUGUGCUUUUGUAAAGUUCUCAUCUCACACAGAGGCUCAGGCAGCAAUCCACGCACUCCAUGGCAGCCAGACAAUGCCCGGUGCCUCCUCCAGUCUAGUGGUGAAGUUUGCUGACACAGAUAAGGAAAGGACCCUCCGUCGUAUGCAGCAAAUGGUGGGGCAGCUGGGGAUAUUCACUCCAUCUCUCACCUUGCCGUUCAGCCCAUACAGCGCCUAUGCGCAGGCUCUGAUGCAGCAGCAGACAACGGUUCUCUCCACCUCCCAUGGCAGUUACCUGAACCCAGGCGUCGCCUUCUCCCCAUGCCACAUCCAGCAGAUCGGUGCCAUCAGUCUCAACGGGCUGCCAGCUGCUCCCAUUGCACCAACAUCAGGGCUACAUUCACCAUCUCUCCUGGGAACAGCAGCCAUGCCGGGACUGGUAGCACCAAUUUCAAAUGGAUUUACUGGAGUGGUACCAUUCCCAAAUGGGCAUCCAACCUUGGAAACAGUUUACACCAAUGGCCUUGUGCCAUAUUCAGCCCAGAACCCUUCAGUAGCAGAGACUUUGCACCCAACCUUCACAGGAGUUCAGCAGUAUGCAGCUGUGUAUCCGACCACCACCAUCACCCCCAUUGCACAGAGCAUCCCUCAGCAGCCUCCCAUCCUGCAGCAGCAGCAACGAGAAGGUCCUGAAGGCUGCAAUCUCUUCAUCUACCAUCUCCCUCAGGAGUUUGGAGACAACGAGUUGAUGCAGAUGUUCCUGCCCUUUGGCAAUAUCAUUUCCUCUAAGGUAUUCAUGGAUCGUGCCACCAACCAGAGCAAGUGUUUUGGUUUUGUAAGCUUUGACAACCCAUCCAGUGCACAGACUGCUAUCCAGGCUAUGAAUGGCUUCCAAAUUGGCAUGAAACGUUUGAAGGUCCAGUUAAAACGACCCAAGGAUGCUAACCAUCCCUACUGACAGCAGUAAACAGCAGGAGUCACUUCUGCAGCACAAGGUGAAAGGAAGGAAAGUCCAGAGGAAGAAUUUCUGCUUCAGGUUGAUUUACAGAAAGGCCAGUAAAUUUGUCGACUCUUUUGACACCACCCCUUUCCUUCCUCUGCUUCCCACCUACCCACCAUAUCUUCCUCUUCCCCUCCUCUUCAAGACAUGCAAUUAAAGAGAAGGCUCAAUAUCUGUCCAGGAGGAAGAUUCUUGCCACGACCGACUCACAUAUUUGCUGCUAAUGUGGUGCAUAGCAAAGGGACCAGCAAAUCAGCAGCCCCUGGGGACAUAAACCUCUUCCUCUUGGGGUAUGGCUGGAGUAUGUGGACCAAGAAAACCCACUGAUGUGUCUCUAGGUUAAUGCAGUGAUGUAUGGAAGUUUAGUCCCAUCCCUCCCUCCCUCUUCCUCCAUUUCUGGCCCUUUCAUAGAUAAAUAUACAUAUAUAUACAGUCUCUAUUUUUUUUUAAAGUGGCUCACAGGACCAAACUUUUCAGAUGGACUGCUUGCAAGAGGUAUUGGGAAGUUCGGGGUUUACCUUUGCAAGAGUGUCUUCUCAGCACAUGCUGCAGAUAGGCCUGAACAUUUUGAGAAGAUGCUUGGGGAGAGAGAGGGGGAAGGUGGCAGGGGGUAGGGAAAAAGAGAGGAUCAUCUGUCUGCUCAACAUUAGCAAGGAGGAGGAGAAAUACCUACCUCCAGGAUUAGGCCGCAGUCAGAUGUUCAGCUCGAGUCACUCAUCCACUGUAGCACCAGCCUGGUUAAGGAUCUGAAGAGCUCUCAGUCUUACCUUUCCAAGGGCUUUUGCAGACAGAGCUCCUGGAAUGUUGUGCCAGACCCCAGGCUGAGCACUCCCAGAUUAGGCUGAGAGCACAGGAAACCAGUCCCUUUACGUAUAGGAACUCUACUGCCUCCCCACACAUGGCACAGAUCCGUGUUUCGUAGCUCUCCAUGGUAACAGCAUUUUCUUGAUGAAGGCAAAAGAAGAUGAGUGUGAGCAGAUGCAAUCUUCAAAACAGUUACAGAAGCCUCACAGGGGCUACACACUGCCUCCCCGUGUCAGAUAAGCUAACGCUUUCCGUAAGCUGUAAAAUGUGUUGAGGGGUUGAACGCCACAGCAGAGCUGCCUAUUGGGCAGUUCUGAUUCCCAGAUGAAACAGGAUGUUUUCUCCCUCUGAGUUUAGCAAGAAGACUCACCUCACGCACCUGUUGCAAAGCUUUCCCCAGCAGAUGCAAGGAUAAUAUGAUGAAAGAAGGUUGCCAUUCAGUUUUUAAAUUUUUCCCAGCACUCCCUCCAAGGCAUUGAUAAUACAUUAUACAGUAUAUAUAUAUAUAUAUAUAUAUAUAUAGGGACAGCUAUAUACACAUACUCUUAAGCACAGAAUGUAGUUCAGAACUUGAUUUAGGAAAGAUCCUCUGGGAGUGGGGGAUGUGUCACACUGACAAGGCACAUCCUUUUAACAGUUGGAAACAAUCUCUUAAAUGUCUACAAAAAUAAGGAAAGCAAGACAGAACAAACCAACCAACCCCACAGUGAUUAAUGAAUGGUUAGUUUAAAUAUUCCAGAGUUUGGUAGGGUACCACAAACAUUUGUGUGUGGGGGUGUGUGCAGUGGGGGUUGGUGGGGAAACGUCGAUGCAAUUUACUGAAGUGAGCUAUGGGGAUUUUAGAGAAUCUUGGCCAACUCUCGCUCUCCUCCAGUUUCCCUUUGUUCAGGUGUGUGUGGCACAGUUCUAUACGUACCUUUACAUCUCCUCAACUACCCUUCUGUAUCUGAUGCUGAGAGUUUAUGAGAGAUGAAUGAAGCUGUGUGUCUGUCUGUUUCUAUAGUCCAUGUUUACUUAUUGUAAAUACCAUUUUUAUACUUAACAUCUAUUAUGUAUGUGAUUUGUAUAAUGUACUUUAUUUCUGCUACAAGUAAUUUCAUGAAGUUUAAACUUAGUCUAAUUUUGAACAAAACAAAACAAAACAAAAAAAAAAAAAAAAAAGAAAAAAAAAAGAAAAAAGACCAACAAAUGCAAAAUAGGAAAAAAAGGACUUCUGAAAUGCUGGGUCGAGCUCGUUUAAAACAAGCAUUUACAGUUUCUUCCAUCACAGUUACUGAUGUGACUGUACAAUGUUACAGGUGCGAAUACAAGCUCUGUCAAUGUCAAAUUCCUCACUCUGGUCAAAAAAAAAUCCUGAAUUUAUUUAAUAAAAGUUUUACUUGCUGAGUAA